ACACACACACACACACACACACACACACACACACACACACACAGCUUAUCAGUAAAAAAAAAAAAAAAAGGAAUAAUUACAAAAAAAAGCUUUAAUUUUGUGUCUAUCUUUGAACAACAAGAUAAGAAGAGGAACUAGAGAAGAGAUAGGAGAGAUAAGGAGAGUCAAGGUGAUACGAGGUGGAAAACUGUGCUAAGAGAGGAGGAGGAGGAGGAGGAGGAGGAGGAGGAGGAGAAGGACACAUGAUAGACCAGACAGAUAAUGACAGAUAACACGAGAGAAGAUAAGAACAAGGCAAUGCAGUAUCUUUUCCAAUCCCUCAUUCAUUUCUCUCUCUCCUCUGUUCACUAAAAAAAAAAAAAAAGGAAAAGAGAAAUGUGAAGGAAUAAAAGGAAAAAAAAAAGACUAAACAGCGAGAGAAACAAGAAAGACAUACAUACACACAGACACACAGACACAAACACACACACACACAAUGCACAAAGCGAAACACAAAAUGAACGAAGAAAACACACAACAAACAAUACCACGAGAGAAAACGGGAAUAUACACACCACCAACAAGGUAAUACCACCACAACACCACAACACCACCACAAACAUGGCCGAAACUGCCUACCGCCUCUCCAAGUUCCUCGCAGUUCAGGACAACUUGAGGAACGAGACGGAGAGUAUUCUGGCACAGUGCUCCGCUAACCUAACCUCACCGGAGACUCUAAACGCUGCCUGUGACUCUUGCAAUGCCACGGGGGUCCAGCGGCUAUGGGAGGAAGGACUCUGUGAUUUCCCCCCGACGCCUGCUUUCGAUUCUGCUGUCUACGUUUUUUACAUCACCAUCCUCGUCGUCGCUGUAUUGGGAAACUCCGUCGUGGUGUACAUCGUCUGCUCGUCUGAGAAAAUGCGAACUGUCACCAAUUACUUCAUAGCAAACUUAGCCAUCGGUGAUCUGUGCAUGGCGAUCUUGUGCGUCCCUUUCUCCUUCAUCAGCACGUUAAUCCUCAAGUUCUGGCCAUUUGGAGGACACUUAUGCGUGGCUGUCAAUUACCUCCAAGCUGUCUCUGUCUUCGUUUCCGCGUAUACCUUAGUAGCGAUCAGCCUGGACCGCUAUUUGGCCAUCAUCUACCCUCUCAGACCUCGCAUGACGCGCUGCCAGGCUAAAAUCAUCAUAGCGAGUGUUUGGGUGCUGUCCCUCGCCACAACCUUACCAGUAGCUGUGUAUUCUCGCCUCCUCACACCGCCUGUUAACUUCUACGCUCUUAUGGACAGACAAGUGUGCACGGAGGACUGGGGGCCGGAGGAGUCAGAUAAGUCAAGGGUAGCGUAUAGCGUUGCCCUUAUGUUGCUGCAGUACUUUCUUCCUCUCACUGUCCUUGUGUUCACCUACUCCCGCAUCGCUAUGGUGGUGUGGGGCAAGAGAACGCUGGGGGAGACGCCGGCACGGGUCGACAGGAUAGCCAGGAGUAAGAGAAAGAUGACCAAGAUGAUGGUGACCGUGGUGAUGGUGUACACUCUCUGCUGGCUGCCCUUCAACGUGCUCAUGGUGGUGCGGGAGUUGUGGGUGGUGGACUCGUGGACGUACAUGAAGGAAAUGUGGGCGCUGUUCCACUGGCUGGCCAUGUCCCACACCUGCUACAACCCAAUCAUUCUCUGCUGGAUGAACACAAAAUUCCGUUCUGGCUUCUGCUCCCUCGCGUACACCUUGCCCUGCCUGCGUCGGUGGGUGGACAGCUGGUUCUUCACCCCUGACGAGGCUGAUCUCCUGAAGGCCACCACUACCUUUCCCUGCCACCACUACCCCCGCAGCGCCUCCAGCAGACUCGUGACCAUCUCCCUGAAGGACGACACGAUCAUUUUCAAGAGCCGAAACAUGAAUGAAGAUGAUCCCGAGACAAGCGAAGCACCGAGGCACCGGAACUCAAGCAGCAACGAUUCGAACCACCGCCUCAGUGAAUCAUUAGUGAGCGAACCCGUGAACCACAUCUCCAACUAAGGACCUCAGUGCUUCUGAACCCUGGAAAUGAGACUUUUAGUGCUUCGGAACCCUGGAAACCCUUGAAACGUGACUUGAAGGUAAAAGAAAUAGAAAAAAAUUGUCUUAGGUUGAAAAAAAAUGUUAUGGAAAAUGAAAGUGGAUAUAAUAAAAACUUUCAUAUUUGUGUUAAAAAAUGAACUUGUGCCAGGAAAUUUAGGAGGAAAUAAGAUAAAAAAAAGACUUAAUAUUUGAAUUUUCAACUUCUGGGACGAGAAAUGAAGUUGGAGAGUAUAUUCCAGGAAAAAAAAAAUAGUGGAUGGAAAAUUGAAAGUGAAACCAAUUUGAACUUUCGUCUUUUCACUGUACCUAAAAAAAAAAAAAAAAAAAAAGUGAAAAAUGAAGUAGACUUUGAAAAAAAAUAUAUAUACUGUACAGUCAAGUAGGUGUGAAAUUAAAAUGAAAAAAAGUGACAAUUUUUCAUCCACCGCUUCAUGAGAUAGCUCGAACUUUUAAAAUGAAGCUUCAAAAUUGUAAAAAAUAAAAAAUAAAUAAAAAAAAUCACAACUUUAUAAAUGUUUACUACAACUACUACUAUUACCACCAGCUGUACUACUAUUACUACUACGACUACUACCACUUGUACUACCUGUUAUAUCGCUGUUGUUGUUGUUUGUUGUUAAUGUUGUUACCUGUCUCACACCACACCUGUCUGUCAAACGCUUCCUCUGUACAAACUAUCAAUGUGUGUGUGUGUGUGUGUGUGUGUGUGUGUGUGUGUGUGUGUGUGUGUGUGUGUGUGUGUGUGUGUGUGUGUGUGUGUGUGCUUCUAAAUGACUCAACAAGCACAAACUAUGAAAAUUAAUCAAAACGCAACACUCAAACCGUUUUUUUCUUCACCGUUUUAAAAUUCAACACCACAAAAAUAAAUAAAUAAAAAAACACCACCACAUAGACAAAAAAAAACUGAAAAAAAAAAAAACUCAAUUUUUUUUUUCUCUGGGUUUGUUUUUGUCGAAUUUCAAAAAAAGGGGAAAAAACUUGUGGGUUUUCAAAAAAAUCAUCAAAAUCAUAUCAAAUAAUUUCUUGUCUUGUAAAAAGGAAGGAAAAAAACAAUCAAAAUAUUUAACAUGUGGCUUUAUAAAUGUGUCUUUGUUUAG